GGCGGGGACGAAGUUUUUUCCUCUAGCCCUGGUGAUUGGGGAAUUCAGAAAGAAGGAGCCUCUAAUAGGGCGCAGCGAUUGCGGAAGAAACGGCGGGUAACCUCGAGGUUCCGAAUGGGGCGGCUUGGCCGGCGGCCGCGGGGAGAAACGGGUACCGGUCCCGGGGCUCUGCCCAAGGCCAUAGCGGCGCUGAGCCGAGCAUUACCUGGGGGACCCAGCCCCGAGACCUUCCGCAGGGCUAAGUUCGACCUCCCAGAGGCGGUUGCGGAGCUUUGGUCCCUGCUUUUCUCACUCCUCUGGCUCAUUCAUCAGGAGGAUAAGGUGUCCCCCAGGGACCUUCCUGACGCCCUUGAGGGCCAGAUCCGAUUUGUAAAGUGGGUACUGCGUUGCCAUGGCUAUGGGAGACAACAUUUUUACCAGCUUCCUGAAGUUGGCUCUCAUGGUAGCUGUGAGCUAUUGCUGGCCUUCUCUUGGCUACUGGCAUACCUCAGCCUGCCAGAGCAAUUUCUGUUCCUAAGAUGUGUGCACCAAGGUGAUGGUGUCUGGAUCUCCUCGUGUAAGGACCUGGCCAGAUGCCCAGUUCCAUUGGCCCUUGGCCCUAAGGGAAGGGUAGAUAUUCGUUAUAUUCAGUGGCUGCUUGGGAAACUGCGUUUCCAUUGGCGGAAUUUGUAUGAAAGCCAGCAAGAACAAUGCACUCUCCUGAAUAAGAUUCAUUUGUACACAAGAGGCUGUCAUCCUGACCAGAGCAUUGGCCAUCUCUCUGUCCCUGAAACAGAAAUCCUCAGAUUCCCAGAAAGUAGCAAGCAGCUGUUGCAGGAGUUGGAAUCAGAAAACUCAUGCCUGGAAGCUUUUCUGGAGUGGAAGCAUAUGGAGUUGGUGUACUGGCAGUGGAUGGACACAGUGCUAGAUACCAGACCUGGAGGUAUGCCUAAUACUAGUAAGCAAGAUGUAUUUUUGCCAGAGAUCCUACAAAACUGCAGCCCUAAGUAUGUAACUAGGGAGAUGGAUAGAGUACAGAAGAACCUUGAGGCCCUGAGAGAAAGACUUCAGGAGGUUGUCAAUCAGCAGAGAGCAGCAUGGCAUAUGAAGGUCAGCAAGUGUUCCCAGAGGCUCCCAAGACCACCAGAGCUAAGUACUGCUAAGAGGAAAGAAAUCCAGGAGGCUGUGGGAUAUGAGCUGACAACUCUCGACCAGGACUGUGGAGUCAAGCGCCAUCCCUGUGGGCUGCAGAGACUUGUGUUUAGAAAGGCUAGAGAGCCCAAUAAUAGUGGAGCCCAGUCAGUGACCAAAAUAAUCCAGUUACUGAAGAGGGAAGAAGCUAGUCUUGAGAGAACACUCAGAAGAUUACAAGAGGAAUGUCAACAAGAGCUGGCCAUUCUAGCACAUGGACUAGAGGGGGUGAUCUGGAUUCCUCCACCAUAUCCCAGGAGGUGAAAGGAAGUGGCCCUCUACAAUCUGGUUCUAAACUACUUGUCUAGUCCUGGCUCAGGCUUGGACUUUUGCUCUUUUUCAGAUAUUGUGGCAGUUCCUGAUAGUGAUUCUGGAGGGAAUAAUUAAAAUAGUAAUGUGGACUAACUCAGACCAGACCAGCACUAUCUCUAUACAAACCCUUAUUUCCUUUUGUAGCUACUUCUUUUCCCCCAUAUUUCCCUCUCUAUGUGCCUCUGAAUCUUUGUCUGCAGCUUCCCAAACAAGUGGUCAUUUACCUUUCUCUGGAGGAUCUCCAGUUAUAGGAGCUCCCUCCCUCAUGAAGCAACAUUUCUGGAAAUAAAUAUGCUUACCCAUAGCUUACCCAUUAGUGCUAGUUUUAUCCUUUGGAAUGAAACAAAUAAUUCUGAUACUUCUUCCCUAUGAUGACCUUGUAGGUAUUAGUAGAUAGGAUCUCUCACACUCUGAAUCUUCUUCUCUGGGCUAAGUAUACCUAAUUCCUUCAGUGUAUCUUUAUGUAUUAUGGUUUCCAAGAGUUGCUUUGCUUCCACAUCUUUGUUACUUUCUGGACUUGUUCAUAUAUAAUAUUCCUAAAAUAUGGUAUAAGGCAACAACUCUUUUAACUGUCACAUAUGUGGGCUUGACCUGGGCAGAAUAAAGCAGGACUAUGUACUUUGUGUAAUAUCUGAUAUUUAAGGUCCUCCACAAAAUGAUUCUAAACUAUCUUUCUAGUUUUAUUUCAUAUGACUCCUUUUAUCAUAGUUUAUGUUACAGUCAGAAAUUGUCUCCAUUUUUGAAGUUUAUUUCUUUUUCUCCCAAUUUAACCUCAUAUGUAUGACCAUAUGCAGUUUCCCCCAUCCUUUGAAUAUACUACCUCCCCAUCUCUACUUUUUACCAUCUUUAUCUUCUUUCAAGGCUUAUACAUAUUACCCUCCUCUACAUAAAGUGUUUUUUUUUUUAUUCCUAGGGUUUGGAAUGUCUGGAUCUCUCCUUUGUCACCUAUCCCUUUGUACCUUUUGUUAUAUUUUUAUUUUAUCUUCCUAUCUCUAUCUUCUUCUCCAUCCUCCUGUAGAAUAUCAGCUCCUUGAAAGCAGGGAUUGUUAUUUUUAGAUUUUUAUUCCCGGGUCCUUGAAUGUUUUAGUUACUUAAUAAAUGUGGAAUUAAAUUGAUUUCACCUGAAUAAUUAAUAGACAUAGGAAUAGAACAUGAUUAAACAUAGGUGCCUCAGAAAUUCUGCCUGAGACCUAAUAUUAAUCGCCACAUGUUAAAAUUAAUUGUGUUUGGAUUUAAAUAUAUUAAUUAGGUGGUCAUCAGGGAUUUAAUUUCUAAAUCCCAAAAUGAAUGACUUAAGUAAAGGAAUUUAUGGUAGUUUAUUUAUAAUAUUUACACUAGAAGGAAGAUAUUAAGGAAUGAGAGAGAAAGAAAAAACUUUGGCUUCUAAUACCAGUUAGAAUCUCUAAGCCCCAGCCAGGGGAAGAGAAUCUCAAGAAGAUGGGCCUUACCUGGAGGCUUCACGGUUCCAGAAAGGGGGGGGGGGG